AUGGUUAAGACAUUUGAAAAAUCAUCUCAAGGCGGGCAUAUCAAAGCGGAUGUUAUAAUACUAGGUUGUAGCCUACCGGGCAUUGUUACAGCUCAUAAGUUAAAAAAAAAAUUUGGAAAUACCAUGGACAUAGUCGUACUCGAUCUGGCUGGAAAACGCGAUAACGAGUCAAAAUGUAAUAUUGCUUUCCAGGAGGAAAAGGAAGAAGAAAUUACUGAUAGUAAUACAUGCGAAGGUACUGCAAAAGAAGUCAUUGAUAAUCUAGCAAGAUAUUUCCUAACUUUGAUAACAAAAGAUUUCAAUAUACCUCUACCAGAUGCUAUAAUAGAACCAAUAAAAGUUAGAAACCCUUUUUAUAAAGUGUUUGAAUACAAAAAUGGUAAAGCUGUUGAUUGCGAGAAAAAUUUUCACAAUUUUGAUUACUUGAACAUACUUGAACGAUUUGAACUUAAUCAAUAUCAAACACUUCUAGACCAGAAUAUGAAGGAUUUAUUUCAAGCUCACAAAGUGGAUGAUGCGCCUGAGAGAAAUCGACUUCUAUAUUACGAUCAGACAACAAUGGAGAAGCAUAUUUGUGACGCAUUACUUUUUCCCAAUUCAAGAGAUAUAAUGAGAAAUACAGUAAGAUUAGUCUGUGGAGCCUCCACUAAAGCCGUGUCGGUAUUAUUUUACUUACAUCAAUGUUACAGGACAAGCACUUCAAGAAACCACUUAGAUGGUAAUAACACGAGAUUUCGUGAAAAACUUCUUGGCUAUUGCAGGAAGCGCCUAACGACUAAAUUACAGAAUAGCAUCGCGUAUAUCACUUUAUCUUCAAAAGCCAUUGAAAAGAUCAGUUCAAAUUCUGAUGAACAAGUCAUUUUAAAAACUAUUAAAGGUGAUACGAAUUACGUUUGUAAUUUACUUGCAAUGGCAUUAAAACCUGACGAGCUUCACAACAUUGAAGUUGAAUCGCAUUUACUGUCAGACUCUGAGAUCACUGUCAUAACCAAUAUGAUAAAAGGAAAAGCGAAAAAAUUCCUAGUACAAUACGAGGAAAACUUUUGGAGGCGUAAAGGUUAUAGUGGUGAUAUUCUAAGUAUUAGAGGACCAAUCAUUUGGGCAACAGAACGGCCUAUUAUGUCCUCAACAGGUAGUACGGAAACAUACGCCGCAUUGGUAGGCUAUUUAAGAAAUGAAAACGGAGAUGAUUGCAGAGGAGACGUUUUGAAACAACUUGUACGGUUGUUUGGUAAGGAAGCGGCUGAACCGAUAAGUUACAGAGAAAGCGAUAUAUCAGACAUAUAUGUGCCGCGCUGUGGCGAUUAUAUAGCAUUGAGAAAGUUGACAUUAAAACCAAAGCCAAAAUAUGUGGAAUGGGGUGCGUUAGAUAUCUUCGCUGAUGGCGAUAUAGCAGCGGCUUUAGAAGCUGGACACACUGCUUACAAUCAUUUGGUAAGCUCUUUACGCCCUCAGGCUCAAACGUAUGAAGAUAUAAGUGUAGUUGAGUGGCCAACUAUUUUCAAUGACAAUCCUCUCCAAGAGUUGUUAUGUCGAAUAACCAUAACAACAAGUUUGCGUAUAAUGAUGUAUAGUGCAGCAGCUUAUAUCGGUGCUCGACUUAUUCAAUCCUAUAUGCAUAAG